CGGAUAUACUAGAUUGUUGAUUUUUGGUUUUGACGCCUAGCGAUGGUCGAGUGUCGCGUCACGUUCGAGUACGAAAAAGAAAACGACGACGAAUUGACUCUCCGCGUCGGCGACAUUAUUACCAACGUCGACCAGCAGGAUGGAGGCUGGUGGGAAGGCAAUCUGAAUGGCAUCAGAGGAGUUUUUCCCGACAAUUUUGUGGAGGUGAUACAAAAGUCGGCGCCCCCUGCGAGACCUCCAGACGCAAGCAGAGCAGCAAAGAAAGAAUGGAGAGCAAAAGUGACUUACAGCUAUGCUGCAGAGAAUGAAGAUGAACUUGAUCUUGAAGUUGGUGAUGAAGUUGUAGUUACCAAUCAGGAAGAGGAAGGAUGGUGGGAAGGCAUUAUGAAUGGAAGGAGGGGUGUCUUUCCAUCCAACUUUGUCGAGACAAUUGAUGAAGAGUCACCUUUCACAUCUGAGAUAAAGGAAACUCCAAAAUCACCCGAGAAGAAAGAACCACCGAAACUGGAUGAACCAGAAGGGCCACUAAACCCACCACCAGAGGAAGAAGUUCGUCAGAUUCAACCUGUUAAGGUGAUUGGAGUUGGGUUUGGCAAUAUCUUUAGCGGUGGACCAAUAAAACUACAGAAAACUGCAGAGAGUAGGAAACCUACAGCUCCUAAUCCACCAGGACAAGAUAAAAAGCGUCCUGCCCCUGGACCUCCACCACACUCAGCACCUCUAUCUCAAGCUGUACUGAAGAAGAGGGUUGAAAAGUGCAAAGUUGUGUUUGACUAUGUAGCUGAAGCUUCAGACGAGCUUUCGCUGAAAAUUGGUGAUAUCAUUGAGAUUGUACGUAAAGAUGUAGCUGAUGGCUGGUGGGAAGGCAAAUUGGGUGGUAAAGUAGGCGUAUUCCCAGAUAAUUUUGUAGAAAUUAUUGCAGCAGAAGAAGAGAAGCCACCUCCUCCUGUACCCACCUCUUCAUCGACUCCCCCUUCGGCACCUGUAUCCGCUCCCACUUCUACGCCUGCACCCGCGCCUACCCCUGCACCUGUACAGCUACCAGUAAACAAGCUCAAGCCUGUUGAAAAACCGGACAAGCCAGAUGACAAACCCGUAGAAAAGGUGCCUCUGAAGCCAGCUGUUAAACCUCCGCCACCAAAGCCACUCAGUAAUAAACCACCACCUCCAGUUGGCAGAAAACCACCUUCUGUAGCCUUUAAGAAACCAGAAGACAAACCUUUGGUUCCCGCUGGGAAAAAGCCAGUUGUCGCAGCUCUGGCUCGGAAGCCUGAAACUAGUUCAGUUUCAACAGAGAAACCUCAGGAGGAUAAUGAAAAGCCUCUCGAGAAGAAGGAAAAUGACCUUGAUGUAGUUCCAGUACCGGACAGUAAGUUGAGACACCCAACGGUGGAUCGACCUCGAAAUCACACUCGGCCACCGUCCAGGUAUGCUGUAAAGAAGGAUGAGGAGGGAUCUAAGGCACAAGAGGCUGCAGAUAAUGUGGCACCAUGGCAGAAAGAGAUACAGAAGAAACGAACAACGUCGAAUGUGUCAAUUGGAGCAAAGGUUGACGAUGUUGGACAAGAAUCUCCAACUCCAGAAAAACCAGCUUCAGUACCCACCUUUCAACCUCAGGUGUCUAAACCAACUUCACCUGCACCGAAAGCGCCACUAGCGUCUAGUCAAGAAGGAUCCGAACAAGUAGCUGCAUUACAGCGUGACUUGGAAGCUCUGAAGCAAGAAUUUGCAUCACUGAAGAAGAAAAUGGAGGAAAACAUAGAUAAGUUGGAGAGUGAAUUGGAUGAGGAGAAGAUGGAAAGGAUGAAGCUGCAAGUAGAAGUAGACAGGUUGAAGAAGAAGAAUCCGUCAUCGUAAAGUGUGAACAGUUAUGUAUAUCCGCAGCGGACUCAUGUUGCUUGCCUCAUUGAAGUGUCGUCUGGUAUUCAACGCUUGUAUUGCAGGAAGGUAUCGUGAUUGUCGUUAAGAUUUUUGUACGGGCUCUAGUGUGUUGAGUUGUAUAGCUUCAAUAGAGUGAAUGAAAUGAUCGUAA